GGCAAACCACAUGGUGGUCCAAAUCGGAUGGGAUAUAAGAGUUCAGUUUUUAGUUUAGUUUCCCAAAUACGGUGUUCUUCCGCUAUCGCCGCAAGUUUUCUCUGUGGUCAACCAUACACUACCGCUCGUGCAUAAUUUGCUAGAAUGAACGGCAAAAUUUUGAUUGCUUUCUUGGGAUGCCUGUGUGUAGCUUAUGCCGCAAAAUCUGUUUCUAAGCCGGUGGAUAAAAAGACGGAGAAAAUAGGCCAGGAUGCAUUUAUGGCCCCGGGAACAGAUGGGAUGCCCCCAAUGCAAAAAUGCGGCAUGAGCAUUCAGAAAGUGAUUUACAACACUUAUCAAAAGGAGGAAACUCGCGGAGGAACCAAAUACUAUUUUAAUGUAAAUCUGCAGUACCGUGGCGGUAAUGCCGGUAGAGACGGUCCUAUGAUUGUUAAGGAUAAGGAAAUCGUUGUUACUGUCCCCAAAGGAAAAGGCAAAGCUACCGUGGACGUUAAUCCAUGCGAGUAGUUUUAUUUGCUCAGACACAUACUGGUACAAGAUCGUAAUAAACGUCCUUUCCAAUAGACGAUACAUUGUAUCUAACAAGCCACUUAACAAGUUUGAUGUUAGAAUAUUAUGCCAUGGAGCACUGUAUUAUACGUGUGUUAAGAAGUGUAGCACAUAUUUUCUAACACAAAGUCUGCUAAUUCCAAAGUAUGUUGUCAAAUAAACCUCGCAGGAAUGGCUUUAGUAGAGGAAUUUUUUUAAAGGCGUAUAACUGACAUUAAA